AUGUCUACAUCAAACCAAUCUGUUGCCGGCGAUAGUCAGACACUUGUGGGCGACCUCGAGCAGAGUCUCCAGCUCAGCACCAACAAGAGACACGGGACCCCACCGCCCCAGAUGAAACCUGGCUCGUCGGCCCAGGCACUUCCUUUAUCCGUUCCUCGCGGUCGUCCCAUUCACCGAAGCCAGUCCGCGCCCAGCGGCGGUCGCUCGAAGCGUGUCCGGAAGCCGUCCGAGAGACAGAAAGCCUUGGAUGAGCUUCGUCGGGAGCGUGAGAAACGUUCGGAGAACGCGAGAAGAUCUUGA